AUGUCUCGCACCCAGUCGGAGGGCCGUGUGGGUGAUCGGUCCCCUCUAAUUCUGGAGAGCCGCUUUUCCACAGAGCUGAAUAUAUCUGAACCCAGCGACGAAUGCUACCAGUCACAAAGCUCCCCGACCGUCCAGGCGGAGGCACCCACGGUCCAGGAGGAUACGGUUGACAGACUGGUGGUGCCGCAGCAACUGAUUUUGAGCACCCAAAGUGCAGCGGCGCUGAAGCUCGGCACCCAGCAGAUCAUCCCCAAGAAUCUAGCUGUGGCCUGCCGGCCCAAAAAUCGCCACCACACCACAGUGGUGACCUUCCCUGUGGGACUGGAGAAUUCCAGUCAUGGAUCCCGCAUCCGACACUCGGCUCAGGGGGCUGAUGUGAGCUGGGAGGACUAUGACAGCGAUGGCGACGGUUUCGCCUUGAGGAGGAACCGCAGGAACAAGUCCUACAGAGCAGCGGUGACCAGUUUGGACAUUGAGGCCAUGGCGAGGGGAAAAGGGGCUGUCAAUGCACUAAAACCCGUGAAAGAAGGCAGAGGAUCUAGUCCAGGUUCAGGUCGCAGCCCCGUAAGGAAGCGAACCCUGGGGAGAAAGAGGAACCGGAACAACCAGCGCGGAUCAUUCAAAGACGCGACGCCGCGCCUCUACCAGGAGAUCCGAGAGCGGGGUUUGCACUCCACCAACCAGGAUGAGCUGCUGGACGAUUUUGUGGUGGUGGAAGCGCCGGUCGAGGAUCAGAGCAUCGUGGUCAAGAGCUACAGGCCGGCGCAGCUCACCUGGAGCCAGUUGCCACAGGUGAAGGACACCGGCAUAUUGGGCAUGAUCUCACCUCAAGAGAGAAAAAGGCAAGAGGCAAUCUUUGAAAUAAUCACCUCGGAGCAUUCAUACUUACACAGCCUGGGCAUCCUGGUGCGACAUUUUAAGGAGAGUGAACCUCUGAGGAAAACCAUGACGGCCACAGAGCACCAUCACCUCUUCUCCAACAUCUCGGUUAUUCAUCAAGUCAGCAAACGCUUUUUUGAGGAUCUUGAGCGGCGUCACAAUUACAACCCGGUGAUCCGGGAUAUUAGCGAUAUUGUUCAGAACCACGCCGCCCACCACUUUGAGCCGUACAUUGUCUACUGCUCCAACGAAACCUUCCAGCAGAGGACACUGCAGAAGCUCCUAAGCACCAAUGGUGCGUUCAAGGACACCCUGAAGCAAAUUGAAGCCAGCGGCGACUGCGGAGGCCUCCCGAUGAUCUCGUUUCUCAUCCUUCCCAUGCAACGGGUGACCAGGCUGCCAUUGCUACUGGAUACAAUCUGCCAGAAGACCCCCGACAAGACCGCCGAGUACUUUGCGGCCAUCUGGGCGCUGCACGCCAUCAGCAAGCUGGUCGGCAGCUGCAAUGACGGCGCGCGGCGGAUGGAGAGGACGGAACAGAUGUUCACCAUUCAGAAACAGAUGGAGUUCGGCAAAAUCAAGCCAUUUCCGCUGGUGUCGUCGUCACGCUGGCUGAAGAAACGCGGCGAGCUGGCCGUCUGUGCUGAAGAGCUCAGCAUCUGGAGAGCGUUCAGCAACAGGAGCAACUACCUGUUUCUCUUCAAUGAUGUCCUCAUUGUCACCAAGAAGAAAAGCGAGGAGAGCUUUGUGGUGAUAGACUACGCCACCCUGGAUCAUGUGGAGGUGGAGGUCAGCGAGGAAUUUGAUGGUCAGGCGUCGCCGCCCGCCAAGAACAGCUCCAGCCAAUAUCUGUCCUUCAAGCUGCUCAUGAGCAAGAACAGCGAGGGCCGGCCGGAGCGCACCACCCUAGUGGCCGAGUCCAGGGUGGACCGUGCCCGUUGGAUCGUCGCGCUCACCGAACACAAGCAGACAGAGCUUUUCUCCCGCAAAGAAGGUCUGCCCCAGUACGAGGCCGCCAAAGCCUACAUACCCAAGGAGCCUGAUGAGGUGGGCCUGCAGCAGGCUGAGCUUGUCAUUGUCCAGAGGAAGGAGGAGGGCUGGUGCUAUGGGGAGCGGAUGCGAGAUGGCGAGAGAGGCUGGUUUCCCGCCAGCUGCGCCACGGAAAUCACCAACCCCACGGCCAUAGAGGACAACAUGCAGCGAAUGAAGCGCCUCCGCCAAGAGUCCAACGUUUGAGGAGACUCAGUGCAGAGAAUAGUGAGGUUAAGACCCCCCCCCCCCCCCCCCCGAGGCCGCAUUAACCUCAUCCAAUUGUGCCUUGCUAAGGCUGAAGAAUUUACGUUUAAGGGGAAAAGUGGUACAGCCUAAGCCGAUUAUUAUAUUCAUGAAGAUAUGCAGUGCAUUUAUUGCGCUUUACUCUUGUAUCCUUUUUUUUAAACCAUUUUUUUUCCUGCUCAAACUUCAUGAAUCAACCUGUGAUUAGAUAAAAAUAAAAUGAUUCAAAUAAAAAGAAAACCCCUCACAUUCUCAGUCACAUUUCAACAAAUCAUCCGAGUUAUUACACCGCGUUUUUCCAUUUUGUAAUAAGGAUGUACCAAGGUGCCUUGAGAUAUGACGGUUGAAUGACCAUGAACAUGCUCUCAACUCGCAACAGUCCUAUAAUGUUAGCCAAUUUAAAUCAAUGGAACUAUCAUCCAGGCCCCCCCCCAAAAAAAUAGUAUUUUGUAUGCAGCUUUUUACAGGUCAAGUAGCGUAAUAGCAUCAUGAAACAGAAUGUCAAGUAUUCAGUUUUUGUCAUGACUCUGUGCUUCAAUUCAUUGUGCUCCUCCUCUUGGUGUGCACACCGUGGCCACUGGGGGCAGUAUUAUAGCAAUACAAUCAAAGUGGUCACCACUAUUCAGAAUCAAUGCCUGUAUUGUGCUAGCUAUUGUUUUUACAUGUUGCAACACCGUUUGUGAUUAAAUAUAUAUUCCUUGAAGGAU